AUGGCCGGCUCGCCGGUCGACUUUGAGAGCAGCUGCGGAGGAGGAGAGGCCCUUCUCCAGAUGAACGUCAAGGACGAGGAGCGCGAGAAGCUGGAAGCCGCCCGCAAAGCCUCGUCCCACGAUAUCCAUCGGCAGCAGAGCGCCGUCCAGCCCAACUUCAAGCAGGUACGAAAGCACGGCGAAGACGUCGUUUUCGCGUCGGAGCGGCGCGGGGUGGGCGGCUAUGUGCCCGGCAACUUCGACCCGUUCGACCCGCGCUUCCUCAACAAGGACGUCGCGCUGAAGGUCAGCAAGGAGCGCUUCAAGUGGCAGGACUCCCUUUCGCAGGUGAAGCUGAAGUUGACGAACACGGGCAAGGGGCUGCGCGUGUUCAAGGUGAGGUGCUCGGAUGCGUCGCUGUUCCGCUGCGAUCCUGCGUACGGGACGCUGGAUGCGGGCAAGCACUGCUUCCUCUGCAUCACUGUCACUAGGCCGCCGACGGACUGCUCGAAGAUCAAGGUGGAAUCCCUGCCCGUCGAGCCGGGUGAUCGUCGCGAGCCGAAGGAAAUGAUGGCCAACCGCGACCCCUCCAAGCUGCAGUACACCCACAUUGAGGUCCACCCAUCGACGGCGAUGGGCGCCGACCUGAGCCUG